AAAAUAUUAAAGAUAGUUGACUAUAAGAAUAAUCAGUCAUUAGCCCAACAAAUAUCCCACCUCUCGUUUCAAACCCGCUGUUGCUGAGCAUGUCUUCUUCUUCCCUUGGUCAAGGAUAACAUCUACAGGGCUUCUUCCCUCUUCCCCUUCUCCAUGCAAGGAUGGAGGGACUGCUUCCUUUGAUCUACCGAACCAUCAAGAGAAAGAAGAGCAGGCGUUACUACAGGUGCCUCUCAUCAGGUGAUGCAGCAGCAGCGUUCGGCGUCGCUGAGUCGGGCUCCGACGGCAGCACGUGCAUGAUACCGCCGCCGGAGACCCACAAGGCAGCGCUUGAGAUGGCUCAGCUUGACAUUGACAAGCGCACGUCGACGACUAUCCCCGUCCCAUCGGAUAAGCUCUGGGGCUCCGACCAAGGGCGCAGCCAUGGCCACCAUCGUAGGUACGCUUCGCUGCAGGAGUUCUCACAUGUCUCGUUCAUGGAAACGCCACCUCCGCCGACCAGGUUCUCCAGGGCGAGGAGCCAUCGCGUGCUGGCUUGCAUCAGUGGAGGAUGAGAACUUGGAAUCAGAUAUCACAUGCAGAGAGAGCUCUCCUCAACGAACGAAGUGGCAGAAGGAUGAUGUUUUCUUACCUCGUGACCAAGUAAAUCUGAUGAAGGCACGUCUGCAAUCUUUGAGAAUUCAAAACUAUGUGCAGUUUGAUGUUGCUAACAAGCUUAGUUCUUCAAAUUACCUAAGUCCAAUUUGGUUUUGUAGCAUGAUUUUUGCAAGUCUAUGUCAGAUGACAGGUAUUAGAGUUCUUUGGUUCGAUCAUGAGAGUUGGAAGUUAAUGUUCAAAUAUUCGUAAACUAUACUUUCUAGUUU